ACAUUAGGUUGGCAGCGCCGUGCAGGUAGCACCUGCCCGGUUUUCUGCACUUUUUUUUCGGCCUUUUCUUUUUCCACGGCUGGUAUGGGCGGCGCAUAUCGCGCAUGCUCCCAAAUGAAGAUAGAAAAUGGAAAGAAACCCGUGGCUUUCCAGCUGAAUCCAGUAUCCCCGAGCUUAACUGAACCUUCUACCUAUGUACUGUAUGGAGACUUUUAUUCGCAGCUUUGUGAUUUCCACGUCACCAAAGAAAAGGAGACAACAUCAUGCCAUGGCUCCAGUCGCAACCUGGAGAGAAAUUGUGGAUCGUAUUGAGAACGGGCUUUAAUUGCCUUUGAUCGUAUAAAAACAUGUGUCGCAUCUAAUCUCUAUCCAUCUUAUCUGAUCAUUGCACCUCUCACCCAGUCUUCUUCCUUCCUCCUGGCCCAGGGCACGGUACUAGACCUGUUUUGUGGUAUAUACCCGCAUGGUUCUUGCCCCCUUAUUUUUUGUUGUUGUUGUUGUUGAUACGAUAUAACACAACAGCCUUGGACCAUGGUUUCUCAAGCUGCAGCACCAGUGGUCGAGACCGUCGACGAGAAGCACAAGGGCCAGAACGUCAGUGAUGUCGUUUCAGGGGCUGAUUCUACGUCCGACAAGAGUCGAGAGCCGCAUCAGGUAAAGAAGGAUGAAGAUGAUGACGACGGCGCCAGUCUUCCCAGCAUGGAGGUCCUGCACGCUGCUGGUGUUGGCCUUGACGAGGACGACCCAAACCAGCCUUGCCUCACCAUCAGGAUGUGGGUCAUUGGUAUCGCUUUUUGUAUAGUGGGCAGCGGAGUGAACGCACUCAACACUAUGAGGAUCCCUAGCACCACCCUCUCACAGUCGGCCAUCCAGUUCCUGGCCUACCCAAUCGGCAAAGCCUGGGAGUAUGCUCUUCCCGACUGGGGCGUCACCGUCUUUGGCUCGCGCAUCUCGUUGAACCCGGGCCCGUUCAACGCCAAGGAGAACAUCCUGAUUUACAUACUCGCCAACCUGAGUUUCCUCAGUCGUCUUAGUGUCGAUGUCCUCAUCGAGCAAAGAAUCUUUUACGGACUCGAGGCUGGUUGGGGCUUCGAGCUCCUCAUGACGGCAUCGACCCUAAUCUUGGGCUUUGCUCUCUCUGGCAUCUUUAGGAAGUUGGUUGUUGAGCCUCCGAGCUUGAUGUGGCCUGGUGUCUUGGGUAACACGGCGCUAAACCAUACGUUACACUCGAAGGACAAGAUGAUCUCGGAAAGCCGGUGGAAGAUGUCCAGAUACACCUUCUUCAUGAUUGCAUUCUGUGCCUCCUUUGCCUGGUACUGGCUCCCCGACUUCCUCUUCCCUGCCCUCUCAUACUUUACCUUCAUUUGCUGGGCAGCUCCCAACAACGUCGUUGUCAACCAGGUCUUUGGCAUGAAGAGCGGCAUGGGCCUGAUGCCCAUCACGUUCGACUGGGCACAGAUCGCAUACAUCAACAACCCCCUGCUCGUUCCGCCGUGGGCCAUCAUCAACGUCUUUGCCUCGCUCGUGAUCUGGGUCUGGAUCCUGGCCCCGAUCCUCUACUACACCAACACGUGGAACCUGGCCUACCUGCCCUUCCAGGACAACUCCGUCUUUGACAACAUGGGCAAGUCGUACAACGUCACCCGGGUCAUCGACAAGCAGGCCGGCUUCACCUUCAACGCCACAAAGUACGAGCAAUACUCGCAGAUCUACAUGCCCGCCACCUACGCCAUCAACACGUUUGGGCUGUGCUUCGCCACCAUCACCUCACUGUUCGUCUGGAUCGCCCUCGAGAAGCGCGACAACGUCUGGUCGGCCAUCAACUCGUCGUGGCUCGCCCGUCGCUUCAUGCCGUCAAAGUACCAGCCGCCACAGCCGAGCCCGCAGCCCCAGUACCGCGUCGCACCGACCUGGUGGUACGUCGCCGCCGGCGUGGUCGCCCUGGUCUUUGGCAUCCUCUCGUGCGAGCUCUAUCCGGUGCAGCUGAGGUGGUACGGAGUCAUCUUCUCCUUUGUCAUCUCCUUCAUCUUCUUCCUGCCGCUCGCCUGGGUCUACGCCACCACCAACAUCAAGAUCCAGAUCGAGAUCAUCUGCAGGGUCAUUGCCGGCUACGCCUACGAAGGCAAGGUGCUCGCCAACAUCUGGUUCUUCAACCUGGGCUACAUCUCGGGCAUCAAGGGCCUCGCCUUUGCCCAGGACCUCAAGCUGGGCCUGUACUGCAACGUGCCGCCCAUCAAGCUCUUCAUCGUCCAGGUCGUGGGCAUCGUCUUUGCCACGCUCUCCCAGGUCGGCGUGCUCAACUGGGCCCUCGGAAGCAUCCCGGGCAUCUGCACCCCCAAGGCCGAGAACGGCUUCACCUGCCCCUUUAGCCGGACGCACUUUAACACGUCCAUGAUCUGGGGCGCCGUCGGCCCCCGCCGCUUCUUCGGUCCCGGAGCUCUGUACACCCCGCUGCUGUGGUUCCUGCUCGUGGGCGCCGCGCUUCCCGUCCUCGUCUGGGCCCUGCGCCACCCGCGCGCCCUGGGGAGGUACAAGGCCGCGCGCUGGCUCAAGCACGUCCACGUCCCCGUCUUCCUCGGCGGCCUCAACUACAUUCCUCCCGCCACGGGUGCCAACUACUCCAGCUGGGCCGUCGUGGGCCUGACCUUUGGCAUAUUGAUGCGCCGCAGGGCCUCCGAGUGGUGGAGCCGCUACAACUUUGUGCUGGCCGCCGCCCUGGACUGCUCCGUCGCCAUCGCCGGAGUCGUCAUCUUCUUUGCCAUCUUCUACACGGGCGUUGGCACGAAAUUCUCAUGGUGGGGAACGGAUGUGUACCAGAACACUUGUGACUGGACCGGAUGCUCUUAUUUGAAUCUGCCAAAGGGCCAGAAGUUUGGGCCUUGAUUACUCUAAUGUAAUUGUUUACAAAAACGUCAAGUACAGUUUCAUUAGCAACAGGAGCCACAUCCAAUAACAGAAAGCUGUUGAUCUCAUGCUAUUUCUUGCCUACCAUAUACCGUUUAUCUCUCAUCUUGUUCUCGUUCUUGUUAUUGGCAUUGUCUCUGCGGCACGAGGCAUACUCCCCUUCAUCAUACUAUAUUGGUAAUCCUUAUCAACCAUACGGAUACUUCAUUUCCCCCCCAAGAAGAAACUUUGUCGAUGACCGCAACAGAAACAGAUCGUAAACGAGGACCAUAAACAGAUCUAACACCACCCCAUCACCACUCCUCGGUGUGUAUAGUGAUCCGGGUGCCAUUUUCACCAUGCUUUCCAGGUUGGCUUCCGGCAACCAAGCCGAAACCCGCGCCGGGGGUGGCGGUCAGCCACAUCAUAGUCGGUUGGACAGUAUAGAACCAGAGACCAAC